GUAUAAUAACAUAAACAAAAAUAGAAGAUAAACAAUUUUCAAGAAAUUAUCAUUAAUAAUUAAACAUAUUGACGUUGCCUUGUGUAAUAAGAUAUAAGAAAACAUGAGCAGUGAUUUAAAUGAUUACGUUGAUAAAUGUCGAUGUUGUUUAGAAAAUACUAAAGGAGAUACAUAUUUAAAGAUCACAAACAUAAUUGAAGAAAGAUUCGAAGAAUUCACAUCCUCGCAACUUAUUUCUUGUGAUAAACUUUCACGACAAAUUUGUAUGACUUGCAAUUCUUUACUCGCAAGAUAUUCAGUUCUUAAGAGAACUUUUCUUGAAAACCAAAAAAUGCUUCUUAAACUAUUAGGAAAACAAAAUCGUAGUUUUAACUUUGUGAAAAUUGAAGAACAAGAAGACACUUCAAUAAUUAACGAUGAUCAUGAACAGAGAACUGAUUUUGAGACGACAAAAGAAGCCGACAAGAUAGAUUUAGUAGAAAUUGAAACUUCUCGUGAUAUUCCAACAUCAAAACUUAAACACAAUAACAAUAAAAGGACAUCAAAUAAAAACUCACCUAAAACUCAAAGCACGAAGCAGACAACAAAACCAAAAUGUAAAAAGAAAAUUCGUCGCCUCAUGUGCGAGAAAUGUUCGAAAGAAUUCAAUCAAAUCGGAUCAUUUAAUCGACAUCUCAUCGUUCACUCAUCAGGAAUCGUUAAGAAAUUUUCUUGUGAUUAUUGUGGAUUUGCAUCACAUUGGAAAAGCGAUUUGGGAGUUCAUUUGAAGACUCAUCUUCCGAAAAAAUAUCGUAUUGCUUUUUAUUGUGACAUUAAAGAAUGCAACAAGUUUUAUUACAAUAAGAAAACUCUUGAACGACACAUGCAAAGUGUUCAUUUGAAGCUUCCCAACUUUAAAUGUCCUUUAUGUGAUAAAACAUUUUCUUUAAAAUUCAUCAUGAGUCGUCACAUGAAUCAUGUUCAUCGUAACAUUCGACCAGCUAUUUGUGAUAUCGAUAAAUGCGAUGCCGCUUUUCCCGACAACAACAAACUAAAACGACAUAAAAGACAAGUUCAUAAGAUUUUUAAAUAA